UUUGCUAUAUCAAACUGUAGUAAUCGCCGGCAAAAUGCCUUCUCGCUGCGUUGUAUAUGGUUGUUCGAAUAUUCCGGAUCCUGCAAAUGGUAUUAUACUUCACAAAAUACCUUACGAUGGAGAUUUAAGGUCAGAAGCUAUUAAGAGACGAAAGGUCUGGGUAGAUUUCGUGAAGCGCAAACGCGCAAAAUGGGAGCCUAGCAGUUCAAGCUGUGUAUGCUCUAAGCAUUUUAAGGCAGGCGAUUUUCAAAGAAUAUUGAAUCUAGCUGGACAACAGGAGACGUAUAGACCAGUGCUUAAAAGAGAUGACAUAGGGAUUACAUCAUUUCCAUCGGUAUAUACUACAAAUGAGACCGAAAAACAGCUUUCAGACAGGGCAGCCAGAGCAAUCAAACGCAAGUUUAGUACAGCUGAGAAUGAACCAAGUACCUCGGAAGAACUACAACCAGGUUGUUCAUCUGACUUUGUCGAGCCUGAAGCAGAAAUGGACCUAGACAUGCCAAGUGUCGAAUGUCAUGACAUCCAGCAGUCGGAAACAACAAACGAAAAGUUCACUCAAACAGUGCUUAGUGCGGAAGUGUGCAAAUGCUGUCUUGAAUUAGAAGAGAGGAACCGACUUCUUCGGAACCAAGUAAUAGACGGGAAACAGAAAUUAGCAAAAGAAAGGUCUAUCGUAAUGGAUUUAAAAUCCAAUUUGCAAAUUCCAGUGGAGAAUGUACCACAAUCUAGUGACACUGAAGUAGCUCCAACAGAAGAUAUCAGUAGUGAGACUAGUGAAGAGUUAUUACCAACUGACCCAAAUACUGCAUCAGAUGAUACUGAUACAACUCAGUGGGAUAAUUUGACUGAGACAGAGACAGAGGACUCUGAUGAAAGUGAUGAUUAUGAACCAAAAAGAGAAUAUACUAAAGAUGACAAUCUAAGGACAGAGCCGAAGUUUAUCGUAUUCUUGUCGCAGCUGAUGCUACUUUUUCAGUUCUGCCCAUCCUGUAAAAGUGGCAAUCCUCUUGUCGAGACCAGUAAGCAUGGGACAAAGGUUGUUGUCCACACUUACUGUGGAAAUCCCAACUGUAAGCAGAGGAAUUCUGUGUGGCACAGUCAACCUAAUAUGGAGGGAACCAAAAUUGCAGCUGGAAAUUUUCUUUUAAGUUUUGCGAUUUUAGUGGCUGGUGCAUCAAUCAGUAAAGUUCAGCGUGUCUUUACUCACAUGGGUAUGGCGUGCAUUUCACUGAGCACUUUCUUUAGGCACCAGAAGAAUAAACUAUUUCCAGCCAUUUCAUUGCACUGGAAGAAGUACCAAGGGCAGCUGAUCAACAAACUGCAAGAAAACAAAGACCCACUGACUAUAGCAGGAGAUGGAAGGCAUGAUAGCAUGGGACACAGUGCAAAGUAUUGUGCUUAUACAAUAUUCUGCUGUACAUCCCCAUGUAUAUUGCACUUCUCAUUAGUUCAGAGGAAUGAAGCAGGAAGUAGUCAGGCAAUGGAGUACCUUGCAUUCCAGCAUUGUAUGGAAUAUGUGAACAGUUGUGGAAUAUCAUACGACACACUUGUUACUGACCGCCAUACAUCCAUAGCCAAACAUAUGAGGGAAAAGCUGAAAGAAGUGAAGCAUUACUUUGAUCUUUGGCACUUGAGGAAAAAAAUUGGAAAAGUGCUAUCAAAAAUUGCAAAGGAGACCGACAGUGAAGAAGUUCAACCCUGGAUACGUCCUUGUCAAAACCAUCUGUCCUGGAGUGCUACUUCUACUUCGUCUGGUGACGGGAGGGUUAUUUUGGCCAAAUUCAUGUCAUUUCUUGGUCAUAUUGUAAACAAACAUGAAAACCUUGAUGACCCUAUCUUUGACAAGUGCGCUCAUGGUGACAUUCAAAAUCGAGAGUGGCUUAAUGAAAAUUCUGUUGUAUAUGAGAAGGUGCGUAAAGCAUUGUCAAACAAGAGGUUAAAGAAAGGAAUCCAGAAAGCAUCUCCCUUGUCUCAAACAAGCUGCCUUGAGGGGUUCCACUCGGUGCUAAACCAGUUUGCUCCUAAAAUGAUUGCUUAUACCUAUCCUGGCAUGUAUAUUAGGCACAUAAUUGCAGCAAUUCACUUUAACUAUAACCUUAACAGAAAGGUUGUAAAGAAUUCAGAUGGUUCAGAACAGCAUGUGGUGGUGUACCCAAAAUUCAAAAAUGGGGAAGCUACUGUCAGAGAUGUUAAAGUUGCUGCAAACUUUUGCUAUGUUCAAGAGAUCUAUGAAACCUUCCUGGAAGCACAAAGAGAAGGCAACCUCAAGAAAGAACAUGAUAAAUUAAAGAAGAUGACCCCUGAACCAAUGAAUGUCAUGCUGAAUAAGCAACCACGAGAUGAGGCCAUCAAGAAGCGAAGUGAUAGGAGAGCUAUGGUUGUGAAAGAAGUCCCUCCAACAGCAGCAGUAUCGCAAGUUGAUGAGGCAACCACAACAAGACCAACUCAAAGGGCAAAACCUCAUUGCAGUUUGUGCCACCAGCCCAUGAAAGGUCAUAAAAAUGUUUUAGAUUGCCCAAGGAACAAACAGACCUCAAACUAAUCAUUUUAAAUAAAUAUU